AUGGACACGAGGAAUGGAGCAUCAGUUCACAUACCAGAGGAUGAGUCGCCACCAGUGUUGGAGAUACCAUCGGAGCGACGCGCCCGCCGACGCUCGCACUAUGUCGUAUACGUUACUACCUUCGUCAUGUCCAUCGGCUUCUCCAUCGUGUUGACGGGCGUGUGGCCUUACCUGCAACAACUGGAUCCUGGGGUGUCAAAGGAGUUCCUUGGAUGGGUGAUCGCAGCUAAUCCUCUAGGGCAGAUGCUGAUCUCUCCCCUGCUCGGCUACUGGGGCAACAAAGCCAAGUCCAACAGAGGUGCCUUCCUGUUUACAUUGGUCACCUUCACUAUAGGCAAUGGCAUUUAUGCCAUUCUUAGUGUGUUUGGAUCUUCAGCACGGAUUGUCAUGAUCUUGUCUCGCUUUCUUGUGGGCAUGAGUUCAGCUAACAUUGCUAUAGUGCGGUCCUAUAUAUCUGCUUCCACUACCACAGCUGAGAGAACAACCGCAGUUGCAUUAACAUCAGCUGCACAAGGCCUUGGAUUUAUUAUUGGCCCUGCUAUACAGACUGCACUAGCUGUAGCCUUUGCUCACAAUACCUCCAGCUUCAAGAAUUCUACACUCUCUGGUGAAGGCAAAGUAGAAGAAGCAGUGACAGAGGAAGUGUGGGUAGAGUGGAAUAUGUAUUCAUCAACUGGUUGGAUUGGUGUUUUUCUUGGACUUAUAAACUUCUUCCUCUUCUUCCCAUGUGUUUAUCAGGAAUGCCCAAUUGCAGCCAGAGAAGCAAUGCUCCAAAAGAGAAUGUUAAAGGAUAACAGCACAACACUACCAAAGCCAGAUUAUGUGUGUGUGAUUGGAGUACUUUUCUCUUUUUUCAUUUUUCUCUUUAUUUAUGUAUUAUUGGAAACUAUUAUUGUACCUAUGUGUAUUGAUCUGUAUGCCUGGUCAGACGAAAAAGCUAUAACUAUUGUUGGAAUUGGUCUUAGUUUGGCAGGUGCAUUAUCUAUAAUUAUGUAUGCACUAACAAGUGUUUUGACGAGACGAUUUGACGAACGUAAGGUUUUUAUAUUUUUAGGAUUAAUACCAAUGACAUUAGGUAUGAUACUUAAUUUUCCAAUGGGAAAUACAUAUCCUAAAAUUAAAAACUGUACAAUUGAAUCAUUGCUUCAUGAAAGUUUUGAUAGCACUUUGACUUCAAUUCCAGAUCCUUUAGAAUUGUCUUUAACAACAUUGCCAGGAGUACACAAUAUAGCUAAAAAUGAAAAGCAACCUUUUACACUAUUACCAGAAGAAUUUGGAAUAAUUAAUAAAGACUGGUACCUUCAACACCAUCAACCAUUGUAGAAGAAAUGAGUUCCACUAGUAAAAUGCCAGAGGCUUCAGUGUUUCUCGGAAAAACUGAUAAGAUGAACAUUAUUGAUGAAGAAAUGGCAUUCUCUACAGUCUCGUCACUUAUGUUGAACACCAUUGGCAGUGACAUGGAACUUUCAGCACUCAUCUCUCAAAUGAAUACUACAGGUUCAGAAGACAAUAUUCAUGCAAGAAGACGAAGACAUAUAAUUAGAGAUGGGGUCUGCCACGAUCUGGGGUGCCCACCAGAACAAGAGUGGUGUUAUUACACUCCUAUUAUUGAAAUCCCCCAGCUGGCAGUUUCAGCAUUUUUAGCAAUAAUUGGUUACCCUGUUGCUUUUACAUUAUCAAGUUCAUUUUUUUCUAAACUUCUAGGCCCUAAACCUCAAGGAGUUUGGAUGGGAAUUCUUACCAGCACAGGAGGUUUAUCCCGUGUUGUUGGUCCUAUAUUUGUAUCCUACUUGUACACAGCAUUGGGUACCAGGUGGACAUUUGGUAUACUGUUUUUAUUAAUGUGCAUUGUAGUUGUUGAAAUCUGUUUCUUAUAUCCAAAAUUGAUACCCAUGAAAAUAUGUAGAGCAAAAUGAUAAAAAGAGAACCACUCGCAGUAUUAGAAUAGAUUUAAAAAACAAAUGGUACUUAACCUAAUUAUCAUCAGAUAUACAAAGUUAUUUCUAAAAGCUAUUUAUACAAAUGUUCUACAUGUUAAAUUUGACAUUAAGAAUUCUUUUUAAGAAGGAAAAAUAUCUUACCAUGAAAACAAACCUGUGCUUGGUUUAGUGCUUGGUUAUGAUUAUAAUAAUAAUCAUGGGAAAUAGAUACACUAUUGUAUCCUGUACUAUUGUUACAGCUAGACAAUUAGAAUUUAACAUGCAGUAUAACACAGUAUUCAACUUAUUUGUAGAACCCUUAUCCAAUGUUUAUUGCAGAAAUCUUCAAAGAAUAAGUGUUGGGGAGUUUCUGGAUUUUUUUUAUGAUCUAUGGCAUAUUAGGUAUAGAUUGAUUUGGAAUGCAGUGAUAAAAACACACGUCAACAAGAUUAAGUAAUACACUGCAUGCACUUUGAAAAAGGAGUAGGGAUAUUGAGGUUUCGUGAUUCAACAGAGUCAAUCACAAUGGUUCUUUCUGGAAAGGCAUCUAAUCAGAAUGAUGGUGAAGGUGCUUUCUUCUCUGGAUAACCCUUUCUUGGUAAAACAUAUUGAUAAAAACUAUAUAUAUAAUCCAUGAAGAGCUACGUAAAUUUUUUAAAUUAUUUAGUUUUUUGUCUUAAAAUAUUUUCUACUAAAUAUGUUACUUAACCCAGUGAUGACUCAAGAAUGUCUUAGUGGUAAGACUUUGGCUCCACUCCGGCCUGUAUAAAAAUGUAUCCAUCACAUCUUGCUUGUCUCUCCUAAUCAGUUGAUCAGUGUUAGCUGAUGCUGAGCUUACUUUACUUUUCACUUCAUUUUUUACAAUAUUGUAAUAAAAUUAUUCAAUGUGGUAACAGUGAUGUGUUUCAUGUAAAGGACUAAUGUGAUAAUAACCUCUUCAGGAUACCCACCUUACUGUACUUAGUGAGGACUGAAUUAACAUGGAACAGAAGUCAGCCUGGUAAAUGCUUACUUAGUGUGGAUGCUGAGUAUGUCUUUCAAAUACUGCCAAGGUUUCUGUUUUCACUUGAUGCUAUUCAAUAAUUGUACUGUAUGACCCUGGUUUUAUGCUUAGUUUUGAUUAUAAUAAUAAUUUUUUUUUUUUUUUCAACAAGUCGGUCGUCUCCCACCGAGGCAGGGUGACCCAAAAAAGAAAGAAAAUCCCCAAAAAGAAAAUACUUUCAUCAUCAUUCAACACUUUCACCACACUCACACAUUAUCACUGCUUUUGCAGAGGUGCUCAGAAUACAACAGUUUAGAAGCAUAUACGUAUAAAGAUACACAAUAUAUCCCUCCAAACUGCCAAUAUCCCAAACCCCUCCUUUAAAGUGCAGGCAUUGUACUUCCCAUUUCCAGGACUCAAGUCCGACUAUAUGAAAAUAACCGGUUUCCCUGAAUCCCUUCACUAAAUAUUACCCUGCUCACACUCCAACAGAUCGUCAGGUCCCAAGUAUCAUUCGUCUCCAUUCACUCCUAUCUAACACGCUCAUGCAUGCUUGCUGGAAGUCCAAGCCCCUCGCCCACAAAACCUCCUUUACCCCCUCUUUCCAACCCUUUCGAGGACGACCCCUACCCCUCUUUCCUUCCCCUAUAGAUUUAUAUGCUUUCCAUGUCAUUCUACUUUGAUCCAUUCUCUCUAAAUGACCAAACCACCUCAACAACCCCUCUUCUGCCCUCUGACUAAUGCUUUUAUUAACUCCACACCUUCUCCUAAUUUCCACACUCCGAAUUUUCUGCAUAAUAUUUACACCACACAUUGCCCUUAGACAGGACAUCUCCACUGCCUCCAACUGUCUCCUCGCUGCUGCAUUUACCACCCAAGCUUCACAUCCAUAUAAGAGUGUUGGUACUACUAUACUUUCAUACAUUCCCUUCUUUGCCUCCAUGGAUAACAUUUUUUGACUCCACAUAAUAAUAUUAUUAUUAAAUAAUUAUUCUAGAAAAAGACUAGGAAACAAGUAGUUAUAUUAUUAGAGGUAUACCUAGAGUAUACCUAGAAGGUGUUGCAGAGGUACAUAAAAUUUUUUCACUUUUUUUUUUUCAACAAGUCGACCAUCUCCCACCGAGGCAGGGUGACCCAAAAAGAAAAUACAUUUAUCAUCAUUCAACACUUUCACCUCACUCAUACAUAAUCAGUGUUUUGGGCUAGUAACCCCUUUUCCUGUAUAGCCUACUAAAAAGAAAUAUUUUUUUCACAUGUCCUUUAUUAUUAUAGAUACUCAAACUUUUGUUCACAAGUAGUUACUCUGAUUCACUUGAGAAGAGUCACUAUGUUUGAACAAAACAUCACAUACUCUAAAAAUAAAGCUUCUUUUGCUUUCUUUAGUCUUUAUCACUACUUGUUGCCACAGUUUCACAAAUAAUUAUCUGUGAAUCACUGUGAUCAUCUCUCAUUUCUUAAGUUUUAUAUGACCUCCAAUAGGUUUUUCAAGUCAUGAAUACAGUACUGUAAUAAAAUGAUUUUAAAUGAUUAUUAGUUAUGUUAUUAUUUUAUUUGUCAUGUGCAUAACAGAUAUUAAGUGCUUGCACAAAUUGUUUAUUCCUGAAAAAUGAAUAUCAAAUGAUUGAAUGAGCAAUAUAUUUAAUUAACAAGUUAUUUAUAGUAUGCUCAGAUGUCUAUACUAAAUGCCUAUUAUGAAGAGUUUUGCAUCUCCAAGGAUCAGGCUCUGAACUAUUAUACCACUGUAUUAACACUGUAACCACACCAAAUUAUCCUUGAAGUUAUGUUUCAGUACCCUCUACAGAGGUCUCUUGAUGCUGGAAAGGGUUCUUGAGACAAUUUGGGUCAGUCUAGAGAAAUGGAGGAUAUGUAAAAUUCCUUGAAUCAAGAACACCUCACCAGCUUUAGGAAACCUUCCUUGAGGUUAUUAUUAUAUGCCUGUAUCAUAUCUCAUUGCACUUUGCAGCAGGACUAUUCAUUUAGUUGGAAGACUGGUUGAUAUAUACAUCUGUUUUUACUACAUUGGUCAUUUUCCACCAAGAUAAGACCCAAAGAAGGAAACCCAUUCACCAUCAUCAUUCAGUAUCUCUUUUGCUAGAAGUAUACAGACAUCGCCCAUCCUUCAGUAUUGGUGCUGUAUGUACUUCCUACCGUCAAAAUUGCAUCCUCCUUACCCACCCUUCAGGGUGAAAAUUACUGCACUUCAUGACUCACGAAAUUGUAAUACAAUUGCUAACAAACCAUGGUAUAGAUGAGGUUUGAACCCAUUUGUGGUCACAGUGAGACCUAUGCUAACUUCCCUAUGGUGUAUAAAUAUGCUGAGUUGGAUGAAUCUUUUUGCCCAGUGGCUCACACACUGGCCUGGAAUUUUACGACUCACUCACCAUGGGUUCAUACCACACCCAUACUGUGGUUUACUGUACUUUCUGCCUUCAAAACUGCAACCUCCCCACCCAUCCUUCAGAGUACAGGCACUUUACCACCCACUUCCAGCACCCAAAUCUGACUAAUUGGUCUCCCUAAACGAAUUGUAAACCUAAAAUCACUUCACCUACAUGUAUUUACCUUCAGAAAAUUAAUUUUUAUUUCAUAUAUACUUGUAUAUGGUUAUGUACAAUUAUUAUUUAUUUCCUCUAAGGUUUAAUAAGAAACAAACAGUAAUAAAUAUGUGAGGACUUAUGCGUAAUGCAAAAUAUUAGUACAUAUACUGUAUCACAGUAGAAUCCCCGUGUCCACUGAUUCGGUAUCCACUUUUUCAGUUAUCCAGUUUACUAUGGCCCAAAAAUGCCUCAUAUUUUUUUUUUUUUUAUUAACACAUCAGCCUUCUCCCACCAAGGCAGGGUGGCCCAAAAAAGAAAAUCUUUCAUCAUCAUCAUUCACUCUAUCACUGUCAUGCCAAAGGCACGCUUACACUACAGUUAUAAAACUGUAACAUUAACACCCCUCCUUCAGAGUGCAGACACUGUACUUCCCAUCUCCAGGACUCGAGUCUGACCUACCGGUUUCUCUGACUCCCUUCAUAAAUGUUACUUUGCUUGCACUCCAACAGCACGUCAAGUCCUAAAAAAAACAUUCAUCUCCAUUCGCUCCUAUCUAACAUGCUCAUGCAUGCUUGCUGGAAGUCAGAGCCCCUCACACACAAAACCACCUCUACCCCCUCCCUCCAACCAUUCCUAGGCUGACCCCUACCCCGCCUUCACUACAGAUUUAUACAUUCUUGAAGUCAUUCUAUUUCGUUUCAUCCUCUCUGCACGUCCCAACCAUCUCAGUAACCCCUCCUCAGCCCUCUGGAUAAUAGUUUUGGUAAUUCCGGGCCUCCUCCUAAUUUCCAAACUACGAAUUCUCUGCAUUAUAUUCACACGACACAUUGCCUUCAGAUAUGACAUCUCCACUGCCUCCAGCCUUCUCCUUGUUGCAACAUUCACCACCGAUGUUUCACACCCAUGUAAGAGCAUUGUUAUAACUAUACUCUCGUACAUUUCCCUCUUUGCUUCCCUGGACAAAGUUCUUUGUCUCCAGAGGCUACUCAGUGCACCAUUCACCUUUUUCCUCAUCAAUUCUGUGAUUCACCUCAAAUUUCACAGACCCAUCUGCUGACAUGUACACUCCUAAAUAUCUGAAUACAUUCACCUCCUCCAUACUUUCUUCCUAAGAGAAACCACGUAGUGCUUCCCAUCAUUGAAAAAGUGCGUAAUUUAUUUUGCAUAAUUUAUCAAUUAAACUUUAUAAUAGGUAUGUAUAGGGCUUAUAUAUAGGGUUUGCUAGUAUCCACGAUUUCGGUAUCUAUGGCAGGUCCUUGGAACGUAUCCCCCACAGAUACAGGGGUCAUACUGUACAAAAAAAAUUCUAUACAGAUGUCAUAUUACUUAUUCUGCUCGCAAGUUGAACAAAAUGGUACAAGAGCCAAGACCUAAGCAGAGAUGGAUACUAUAAUUUUGCUUAAUAGA